UUUGACUAUAUCUGUAACUGGGUCUCACGAGCUCCCCAUUACAACAACAAACUUUACCAACUUAUCCCAACACUUCUAGUCAGACGUCGGUCAAACUUCCGGUAAUGACGCAACCAACCGCCGCCACCUCAUCAACCUACACAACCAUCCCAAUCUCCUCCACCACCGAUAUCGUUUCCCGAUCAGUUCACAACUUCACAACCUUCAUCUCCACCCACCGCCCAUGGCCCGAACUCAUCACAUCCGGACUCUUCUCCCGACCCGACUCCUUCUCCGCCGCGCUAACUCGCCUCAACCUCAACUUCCGCUACUUCCUGAUCAACUACGCCAUCAUCAUCACAUUAUGCGCCGCCCUUUCGCUCAUUGGCACGCCGAUCGCGCUGAUCCUAUUCGCGGUUAUCUUCGGCCUCUGGUUGAUAAUUUAUUACUUCAGGGAGGAUCCGCUUGUGUUGCUGGGUCAUCAAGUGAGUGAUCAUAUGAUUUUUGCGGGUUUAGCUGGGUUUUCGAUUUUAGGGUUUUGGUUAAGCGGUGCGUUUUGGAGUUUGGUAUUGGGGAUUUGUGUUGGGGUUUUGGCGUGUGGAAUUCACGCCAGUUUGAGAAAUAAUGAUGAAGAGCAAGAUGAUUCUAGGAAUUUGAUUGGUUCUCGUUCUGGUUAUGGGUCUAAAUAUGGAACUAUCUCUGGAAUUUGAUUUGGGGAUUUUUUUGUUUAGUGAAUUGUGAUUGUUUGAUUUUUUGUGUGUUUGGAUUUGUUUUGUUGCUUUCUGAGCUCAUUUGUUUUCUUGUUCUAAUUCUGCAAUUGUAAUUCUAUUUUACUUAAUUUAUCAACAAUUCUUGAUUGAGUUAGCUUGAA